GACAGAAAAAGAAGGAAGAGAAGGAAAGGUAACAAAAACAGAACCAAAGAAGUUUUUUUCUUCUUCUUUUCUUUCGGUUGAGAGAGAGAUAUUCGAGAAGAAACAAAUUCUCUCCUCCUCCUCAACGAAGCGCGCCGUGGGGCUGUCCGAAGUUUCGCUGGAACGAAUCCCCCGACCCGGCAACGCAACCUCAACCCCGCUAAGACACCAAUUUCGAUCUACCCCACAGAGAAACCCCUCCAAAAAAGAGCGCUAAAAAACCAAUCGCAUUUUCGAUCUGGAACUUCAUUCUUCUCCCGGGUUUCGCACUUUUGGUCGUCUUUAGGUUCUCCAGCUGCGAGUCUCCUCCUCCUCCUCCUCCACCUCUUGUUUUCCGGCGAAGCAGCAAGAGGGGGGAGAGAUGGAUUACGAGAGCAGUAGUUGGAUCUGGGAUGGGGUUUACUGCCAUCCGCAUCUCUUCGGCGGCCUGAUGCUCACCGCCGCCUUGCUGGGUUUAUCCACCAGCUACCUCAGCGGGAUUGGCUUCUCUUCUUUCCCCUAUAUGUUCUCCGAUCUGGGCAUCUUCCCUGCCAAGAGGCGGGAGAACAAGAAGCGGGUCCGUGUCUACAUGGAUGGCUGCUUCGAUCUCAUGCAUUAUGGUCAUGCGAAUGCAUUGAGGCAAGCCAAGGCCCUGGGGGAUGAAUUGGUGGUUGGGGUUGUGAGCGAUGAGGAGAUCAUUGCCAAUAAGGGCCCUCCUGUUUUGUCCAUGGAAGAGAGAUUGGCCCUGGUGAGCGGAUUAAAAUGGGUGGAUGAAGUAAUCGCCGACGCUCCUUAUGCUAUUACGGAGCAAUUCAUGAACAGUUUGUUCAAUGAGCAUAAGAUUGACUAUAUCAUACAUGGUGAUGAUCCUUGCCUCCUUCCUGAUGGAACCGAUGCCUAUGCCUUGGCCAAAAAAGCCGGCCGUUACAAGCAAAUUAAACGGACUGAAGGUGUCUCCAGCACAGAUAUUGUAGGAAGGAUACUUUGCACGACCAAGGACAAUGAGGUUCGAGACAACCAUGAUGGUUCAUCACCUUUACCCGCUGAUAAGGGAAUAUCACAAUUUUUACCAACCUCUAGAAGGAUAGUGCAGUUUUCUAAUGGCAAGGGGCCAGGGCCAAAUGCUCGUGUUGUCUACAUUGAUGGAGCAUUUGACUUGUUCCAUGCUGGGCAUGUUGAGAUUCUCAGAAAAGCUAAGCAGCUUGGAGACUUUCUACUCGUUGGGAUCCAUACAGAUCAAAUUGUCAGUGAACAGAGAGGGAGGUAUUACCCAAUCAUGCAUUUGCAUGAGCGUAGCCUUAGCGUUCUAGCAUGCCGUUAUGUUGAUGAAGUCAUCAUUGGUGCCCCGUGGGAGGUCUCCAGGGACGUGAUAACGACUUUCAACAUUUCGUUGGUUGUGCAUGGGACUGUUGCAGAGCGAAACUCCUCAUCACCUGGAGGAAGUGAUCCUUAUGCAGUCCCAAAGGCCAUGGGUAUUUUCAGGAUGCUCGACAGCCCUAAAGACAUAACAACCACAUCAGUCACCAAACGAAUCAUUGCUAACCACGAGGCUUAUACGGUAAUUCUUAGCUUGUCGCCUCCCCUCCCCUGUGGGGGAGUUCUUAAAAAGUGUUUGUCAAUCGCUUGAGCCAAAAGAACACAUGAGGCUCUGACCAUCAUUCGCAGUAACAAUAGGCCAACCUCACUUUCUCUUUCCUGAUGCAGAAGCGAAAUGCAAAAAAGACUCAGAGCGAGAAGAAAUACUACGACGAGAAGGUAUACGUUUCAGGGGACUGACCAAACAGACUGAGCAAGUAAAGAAGUGUUUGUGCAGCAGCAUAUGUAGGCUAUGUUAUAUGGUUUGUGGGAAGAAAAGAACCCGUAGAAGAUGGAACCAUGUUUGCCCCUAAAAUGGUUCAGAGAAAUGGUGGCCAAAGGUGUCAUUCAGUUAAUGCUAGAAUCAUCAUCAAUAUCAUGCAGAGGCAGAAAGAUGAAAUCAGAGCGAUUCCCGCGGCCAUCACAACAGCCUUGAACUGGUGCUGCCCCCUGUGAUUCUUUCAGGUUUCGUAGCCGAAGCAGCCAGCAGAAGCCCUCCAGAGAACUUUAUCAUUAAGUAGAAAUGUAGAACAGAUAAAAAUAGUUUGAAUUGUAGGGGAGGGAGCUUCUUUCUGGUUUUCGCUGCUGGGUUUCUAUCCUUUUUUCUUUAUCCUACAUUACGUCCUAUUCUUUCAGUACCUUGAGAUCGUGUACUCUCAAGGUGGGGGGUGACCGGGCGAGAAAACGCAGUUGAUUUUUGUGAGUGGAUUAUUGCCGAGCUAACAAGAAGAUGCUAAGCCUGUAUUUGGGAGGACUUGAUCCAAAUCAAAGGUACUUUAUGGUAUUCUAAAUUGUUAAUGGGAACUUAACGGUUUUGUUUAUUAUGAGUUUGUUAAGCUGAGCUAACAUAAUUUUGCUAAGUUAAU